AAAACUUACUUCUGUCAUCACAUCGUCACAUGUUGAAAGUUUUUUCGCGCAUUUAUUUUGAAAACAAUAAUCCGUGUUGCGUUACGGUUGUGGUAUAAUGGGAUCAGAAAGUAGAAAAAGGAUAAUUUUUGAAGAAAAUGUGGAAUCGGCGGCAGAAUCUGAGGAUUCUUCGGACAUAGACGAUGAUGAACCUAAGGCGAAAUUGACCAAAAAAGAGUUGUCAGAAUGUUAUUUCUUACCUGAAAAAUCUGUAAAACAAGCCAUGAGCUUUUUGACGACCAAAAUGACAUCAGAAACAUAUGUCUGUAGGAAUAGCAUGAUUGAGACACAGAGGUACAAAACAAUAAUGGAUACAAAGCAGUUGGAACAAUCAUGGAAGAGGACAUAUAUGAUUGCUCUUAAUAGAGCCAUUUACAAUCACGAUUGGAAUAAACUGCUGUAUAUUUUAAAGAAAUCUGUGAACUGGGACUUCAGUUCUAAAAUAUUGAAUCAUCAUAUUUAUACAAGAGCACUCACUAUACUCCUAAUGAAUCAUCCCAGUGCCAAGGCCCAGUCUCUGCUUAACCAUUACCUGCAUAUGGCAUUAUCAUGCCGAUCUGACCAAGAUAAGAAAGCCCUAUACAAAGUCAUGCUGUCUAUAUCAGAUAAACUUAUAAGGUAUGGUAGUUUAAUUUUAAAUGAUGAGAAUUGUAAUCAAAACAAAGUAUCAGCUGAGAAGUUCAUUGAUAAACGGCCUAGGAAAGAAGGUGAUUAACUAUUUAGUUAGAAUCUAGAAAAUUGGGCAUUUUUUAUAUUAACAAGCAAAAUCUGUUAUAAUAACAUUGAAGGGACUACUCAUAUUUGAUCGUAACAACCGUUUGUCAUAACAGCCAACGAUGUUGUUAUGUUGAUAGUUCAGACAGGCCCCCAGAUUUUCGUCAUUUUAAAUGAUGUGUUGUUCUAAAUGAUGUUGUAGUAAACAGUUUUGACUAUAAUUAACUUGUUUAUGAGCUUAUCUGUUCUUUAAAAAUGUAUUUAUUUAAAAUUGUAGGUUUUAUGUUGACAAAGAACGGAGUAAAAGAUACUUUGGUUUAUAUGAUAUGGUUAAGUGAUCAAUGCAUUGGUGAAAUUUAAUUUAUGUGGUGUUGUCAUUAAAUAGGGAACUCAUGCUAUUUACCUGAGUUAGAACUAGGUACCAUUUUUAUAUUUAAUAUUGAUUUAAUUUUCUGUGAU